UCAUAGUGACCAAAGCAAUGUAAUGCAAUGCAGAAAAGCUUGCAUAGUUGCAAAGAGGCAGAAAUUGGUUCAUCAAUAUGCGUUCGUUCAAUCACAUCCCUCUUCCCAUAGUUUUCCUUUCCAUGCUUAGCUUAAGCUUCCUCAGCUUGACCACUCAUAUUGCAGCUCAGACUUACCGCUACCACGUCUGUGCAAACACUACUUUCCCCGACAAUGGCAGUCACCUAUCCAGUCUCAGGUCCCUCCUCUUUUCACUCUCCUCCUACGCCACCGGCAGUUUCAAAUUCUACAGUCUCAGCUCCCCCGCCUUGAAUAUCUCUUCCAAUAACGCUUCCAGCAAACUUCAAAUCACCAGCCAUAAUAUCUCCUUCUCCAUCCCCAUCCACACCAUCUUCCUCUGCCGUGGUGAUGUCAGUACCGAACUCUGCGGAAAGUGCGUGGGCAACGCAACCCAUAAGCUCGUCAAUAACUGUUCCAGGGAACGGGCUGCUGUCGUUUGGUACGACGAAUGCAUGGUACGCUACUCCAACGAGUCUAUCUUCUCCACCGUGGCCGUAAAGCCUAGAAUUCACAUCUGGAACACACAGAACAUCACCGAGCAGGACCAGUUUAACCGGCUAUUGAACAUCACGAUGACCCAACUGGCAAGUCAAGUCUCGAACUUCCCAACCGGAACUUCGAAGUUUGGGACUAAGGAAGUGAGUUUUUCCCAGUUUCAAAAUCUGUACAACCUUGUGCAGUGCACGCCGUACCUGUCCAGCGCCGACUGCAAUAGUCGUCUUCAGGCAGCUAUAAACCGUCUUCCUAUAUGUUGUGAUGGAAAGCAAGGGGGAAGAGUUAUGUUUCCUAGCUGUAAUGUUAGGUACGAGUUGUACCAAUUCUACAAUGAAACUAUGGCGCCCGCGCUUACACCAGGGAUUGUACCUUCACCUCCACCUCUAGGCUCGGUAACUGGACCAAAAGGUAAAAGCAAAAUCUUAACGGUAACGAUAGUCGCCAUUGUUACUCCAAUCGCUGCGUCUGUGGUGCCAUUCCUUCUGGGCUAAUGCAUGCAUGUCUCCCUAAUUGGUUUAGUGGAACUAAUACACCAAACUUGUUUAGAGUGCUAAUUAUAAAUCUCCCUGUGAUACUUAGGAGAAGUAACGAACAAUUUAUGAAUUAAGAUUUUAUUCAUCAAUAUUAGUGCAAAUUGAGUAAAUGUCACGUAGAAAAGCCCAACAAGUUCAAUGGUGCUUGAAUUUUGAUUCAAGUCUAAAAUAAGCCUGUAAAGGUCUAAUUUGGUAAAGCCAAGUUAAUAGAUGGGCCGAGCCCAAUGUUACUGAAAAUGGCAGGGGAAGCCCACAUCUAUCAUAUCUGGUGCGGAAUGAGUACAAGGAUCUCUGCAACUACGUGCCUAGGAGGAUCAAAAGCUUGAAUAAUACUUUAUGAGUUGUGAAUACCUCUACAUUUAGGGCAGACAACGAACCCGACACUUAUUCAAUUUGAAAUUAGUGAGUUAGGAUUAAAGGGUUUGACUCGUUUAGUUAAAUGAGUUGAAUUAUAAUUGAUCUAUAUAAUUUUAUAUAUGCUCAUAUUUUGA